AUGGCACACGGACCUAUGAGUGGUAUGAAAAUCACCGGUGGUGACAAUGACCCAACCAAAGUACAUGAAGAGCAGGCAAAGGACGGUCUAACAGGCCAGGAUAUUACAUUUAGAUACACAACGUACAAGGUGGCAGGUAAUGGCUCUUUUGGCGUUGUUUAUCAAGCCAAAGUGGUAGAAACAGGCGAGAGUGUUGCCAUCAAGAAGGUCUUUCAAGAUAGACGAUUCAAGAAUCGGGAGUUGCAAAUCAUGCGUUGUGUAUGGCAUCCAAACGUUGUUGCGUUAAAGGCAUUCUUUUACAGCCAUGAUCAGGUGAAAAAGGAUGAUCUCUACCUAAACUUGGUAUUGGAAUACAUUCCAGAAACCUUAUAUCGCACUUCACGUAACUAUGCAAAAGCUAGACAACCCGUGCCCAUGCUCUAUGUUAAACUCUACACGUAUCAGCUCAUGCGUGCUCUUGCCUUUAUCCACUCGCUUGGUAUCUGUCAUCGUGAUAUCAAACCUCAGAAUCUACUCAUUGAUCCAAACACUGGCGUGCUUAAAUUAUGUGAUUUCGGAAGUGCAAAGGCACUUCAUGCUGGCGAGCCCAACGUCUCCUAUAUCUGUUCUCGUUAUUAUAGAGCACCCGAACUUAUAUUUGGAGCAACAAAUUACACAUGUAGCAUCGAUGUCUGGUCUGCAGGUUGUGUCAUGGCAGAGUUAAUGCUGUGUCAACCCUUAUUUCCUGGAGAGAGUGCAAUUGACCAGCUGGUUGAAAUCAUCAAAGUGUUGGGCACACCUACUAAAGAGCAGCUACUAGCCAUGAAUCCCUCUUACACUGAACAUCGAUUCCCUCAAAUCAAGCCACAUCCAUUCUCCAAAGUCUUCCGUUCUCGCACACCCGAGGAUGCCAUUGCUUUCAUUACCAAAACUCUACAAUAUGAACCUCUUCGCCGCUUAACCGCUUUCCAAUCAUUGGCCGACCCCUUCUUCGAUGAGCUUCGUAAUCCAAAUGUCAGCAUGAUCAAUGGAAAGCCAAUGCCACCUUUAUUUAAUUUCACACGUCAUGAACUAUCGAUACAGCCAGAUUUGAUCUCCAAGCUUGUGCCUCCUCAUUAUGAAGCUGCAUUGGCAGCAAACGGAGUUGAUGUGCACAACUUUGUUCCCAUGACAAGCGAGGAAAUGAAAAGCGACAAUGAGUCUCGUUAA